GAGAAUGGCGUUAAUCACUUUCUUACGAAUACGAAACCGUUUGUUUUGGCCAUUUCGUCGCAUCCUGGCAGUGUAGCGGUCCUGUCGUCUAAUAACAACAAAUCUACGCGCAAAAUGGCGAGCUCUACUGGAAGAAGUCGCUGGGACGAUAAAGGAAGCGCUAGUCUAGGCGGUGGCACUACUGCGGUAGCGUCAGGCCGCCAUGGUGACGAUCAGGAGCCUGCAAGCCCCGUCGAUGCGGAGAAGAGAAAGCUCGACGACGGAGAAGGCGCGACCGACGAUGCAGUCAAGAAGCCAAAGCUUACCAUGGGGUUCUCCCGGACGUUCAGCAGCGCCAAGGCAACCGAGGAGAAAAAGCCGGGACCUGCACCGAUCUCAAUCAAGUUUGGGGGAACGAAAUCCAAAGAGCAGAAGGCACCCGUGAAGAAGAGCUCAAGCUUAUCUGUCGCCGAGGCCUUCAACCAAAGCAGUGACGAAGAAGAGGAGAUGCCACCCGAGGCGAAAAUGCGCAUGCGAAACAUCGGCAGGGACACUCCUACUUCCGCUGGGCCCAACUCGUUUGGCAAGACACGCAAGGGCUUUUGCGACAUUAAGAAGGUUUUCGAGCGAGACCUGAAAUCCAAAAUGAAUGAAGUAGCCGACUGAGGGAAGCUUUUUUUAAGCACUCAAUGAGUGAGCUAGGAACUAAAGAAUACGUUGCUGGCUCACAUAUAUUUUUUUUUCAGGUUAAUUGGUAUUGUCUGCUUCAUUGUUUGAUCAUCAUACCUUGCCUCGUAUAGGUGGUGCACUGUAAGAAAAUCAAAGGCAAUCGUGUGGGAGAGUCAGGACCACAGGAAAAAGGAAAAAAAAAAGAAAAUGCUCACAUCCCAUCAUUCAAAAUAUGGUAGUAGCAUUUACCCUAGACGGCACUGCAAUAUAUUUUGUAACUUUCUGCUUUUGGUCUGUAAAUAAACAUAUCAAAACCCCUGAA